AUGACGCAUCAUAAAUUCUUCCCACUCAAAAGGCUGCUGCCACGUCAGAGCUACGCAAGUAUUACUGAGUACUACUACAAAAAUAAACCACACGACUUUACAUUUAUUCCGCGAAAACGGAGGGCUGUCAAGAAAACCGAAGUGACAACUGAUAAAAAUGAGCAUCCCUCUUCCGUGAAGUUAAAUCAUUUUCUGAAACGAAGGAGGACCAGUUCACCGAGGAAGAAGAGAAAAUCUAUGCUUAAAUCGUCGUACAGAAAGACGAAGCGUCGUUCACUCUGA